CCGGCGGGGGACCACCCUCCGCCCGCGGAGGCAGGGGCUGAGCGCUCCGUCCACUCUCGGCGGUCCCGGCCCCUAGCCGCCGCCGCGCGGUGAUUUCUGCGGAGCCGCGCGCGCCCCGGCCGGUCGAGCUCCCAGACCGCGAGGAGAGCCUCAGGAACCCGGGGACGCAAUGCGAGCCAGCAUCUCCCUUCUUUUCUGGAUGGAAGGCCAGGUCCUGCGACGUGUCCUCUGACGUCGGGAAGCUGGUGGCCUGUUAUAGGAAGAAGCACGUUGCCAAGUUGACGCCACAGUGUGGCGCGGUUGCUUGAGACAGAAGCUUCAGCAAUUGCUGGAAUAACUGGAGGAAGAGCUAUGAAACCCUAGCAGUUCACCCAGAAAGAGUGAUUCAAGAUGGCAGCUCAACGGAUCCGAGCUGCCAACUCCAGCGGCCUCCCCCGGUGCAAGUCCGAGGGGACCUUGAUUGACCUGAGCGAAGGGUUUUCAGAAACGAGCUUUAAUGAUGUCAAAGUGCCUUCUCCCAGUGCCUUGCUAGUGGACAAUCCCACGCCCUUCGGAAAUGCAAAGGAAGUGAUCGCAAUCAAGGACUACUGCCCAACCAACUUCACCACCCUGAAGUUCUCCAAGGGGGACCAUCUCUACGUCUUGGACACGUCGGGCGGGGAGUGGUGGUAUGCACACAACACCACAGAAAUGGGCUACAUUCCCUCCUCCUACGUGCAGCCCUUAAACUACCGGAACUCAACGUUGAGUGACAGCGGGAUGAUCGACAAUCUUCCGGACAGCCCGGACGAGGUAGCCAAGGAGUUAGAUUUGCUCGGAGGAUGGACGGAUGACAAGAAGGGAUCGAGCAAAACCUACGGUAGCAAUAACCCUUUCUGGAAUGGGGUCCAAACAAACCCGUUUUUGAAUGGGAACGUGCCAGUGACGCCCAGCUUGGAUGAGCUGACUCCCAAAAGUACUGUGGAUCUGCUGCUCUUCGAUACAGGCACGUCUUCCUUCACUGAGUCCAGCUCGGCCACCACAAACAGCACGGGCAACAUCUUUGAGGAGCUGCCGACUGCAAAUCCGCUCCACGCGGAGCCAGUGGUGAAGCGAGACAACCCGUUCUUCAGGAGCAAACGGUCCUACAGUCUGUCAGAACUCUCCGUGCUCCAAGCCAAGUCUGAUGCUCCCGAGUCCUCGGGGUUUUUCACUGGCUUGAAAUCACCAGCCCCUGAGCAAUUCCAGAGCCGGGAGGACUUCCGAGCCGCCUGGCUGAGCCACCGGAAGCUGGCCCGGUCUUGCCAUGACCUGGACUUGCUGGGCCAAAACCCCGGAUGGGGCCAGACCCAAGCGGUGGAGACAAACAUCGUGUGCAAGCUGGAUAGUUCCGGGGGCGCUGUGCAGCUUCCGGACACCAACAUCAGCAUCCACGUCCCCAAAGGCCAUGUGGCACCCGGGGAAACACAGCAGAUCUCCAUGAAAGCUCUGCUGGAUCCCCCGUUGGAACUCAACAGCGACAGGUGCAGCACUGUCAGCCCUGUGUUGGAGGUGAAGCUGAGCACCCUGGAAGUAAAAACUUGUAUCAUCUUAGAGAUGAAAGUUUCAGCCGAGGUGAAAAACGACAUUUUUAGCAAAAGCACAGUGGGCCUCCAGUGCCUGAGGAGUGACUCAAAGGAAGGGUCAUAUGUCCCCAUCCCACUCAGCUACAACUAUGGGGACACGGUCCAGGUCCAGCUGGACAACCUGGAGCCUUGUAUGUACCUGGCCAUUGUUGCCCAUGGCCCGAACAUUCUCUACCCUUCCACGGUAUGGGACUUCAUCAAUAAGAAAGUCACGGUGGGUCUCUAUGGUCCCAAACACAUUCACCCAUCCUUCAAGACAGUGGUGACCAUUUUUGGGCAUGAUUGUGCCCCAAAGACUCUGUUGGUCAGCGAGGUCACCCGCCAGGCCCCUAGCCCCGCCCCAGUGGCACUGCAGCUCUGGGGUAAGCACCAGUUUGUUUUGUCCAGGCCCCAGGAUCUCCAAGUCUGCAUGUUUUCCAACAUGACAAAUUACGAGGUCAAAGCCAGUGAGCAGGCCAAGGUGGUAAGAGGGUUCCAGAUGAAACUGGGCAAGGUGAGCCGCCUCAUCUUCCCCAUCGCCUGCCAGAACCCCGGCGACCUCUCUGACUUCACCUUGAGGGUCCAGGUGAAAGACGACCAGGAGGCCAUCCUGACCCAGUUUUGCGUCCAGACCCCUCAGCCCCCGCCCAAAAGUGCCAUCAAACCGUCUGGGCAGAGACGGUUUCUCAAGAAGAACGAGGUCGGGAAAAUCAUCCUGUCCCCGUUCGCGGCCACCACCAAGUACCCGACUUUUCAGGACCGCCCCGUGUCCAGCCUCAAGUUCGGCAAGUUGCUCAAGACUGUGGUGCGACAGAGCAAGAACCACUACCUGCUGGAGUACAAGAAGGGCGAUGCCAUCGCCCUGCUCAGCGAGGAGAAGAUCCGGCUGAAGGGGCAGCUGUGGACCAAGGAGUGGUACAUCGGCUACCACCAGGGCAAGGUCGGCCUCGUGCACGCCAAGAACGUGCUGGUGGUGGGCAGGGCCAGGCCCAGCUUCCUCCCCGGGCCCGAGCUGAGCACCUCGGUGCUGCUGGAGCAGAUUCUGCGGCCCUGCAAGUUCCUGACCUACAUCUAUGCGUCCGUCAGGACUCUGCUCAUGGAGAACAUUAGCAGCUGGCGCGCCUUCGCCGACGCCCUGGGCUACGGCAGCCAGCCGCUCACUUUCUUCUGCCGGGCCGAGCUGGACAGUGAGCCCGAGCGGGUGGCGUCCGUCCUGGAAAAGCUGAAGGAGGACUGUAACAACACGGAGAACAAAGACCGCAAGUCCUUCCAGAAGGAGCUCAUGAUGGCCUUACUGAAAUUGGACUGCCAGGGCCUGGUGGUCAGACUCAUCCAGGACUUUGUGCUGCUGACCACCGCAGUCGAGGUGGCGCAGCGCUGGAGGGAGCUGGCGGAGAAGCUCGCCAAGGUUUCCAAGCAGCAGAUGGACGCGUACGAAUCUCCACACCGGGACAGGAACGGGGUCGUGGACAGCGAGGCCAUGUGGAAACCCGCGUAUGACUUUUUACUAACCUGGAGCCACCAGAUCGGGGACAGCUACCGGGAUAUCAUCCAGGAGCUGCACAUAGGCCUGGACAAGAUGAAGAACCCCAUCACCAAGCGCUGGAAGCACCUCACAGGGGCUCUGAUCCUGGUGAACUGCCUGGACAUUCUAAGAGCGGCUGCCUUCAGUCCUGCGGACCAUGACGACUUCGUGAUUUGAAUGGGUUCCCUCCCCUCCGCUGCGGAUCUGGGGCACGCGCCCUUGCCUGGUCUCGUUCCAGUCACAUGGAACUGGGGAGGGAGGAGGGUCAGCUGCUUAGACAGACCCCGGGUCCCUCCAGCUGGACCCACGCCCAAGGACCAAGCACACACGAUGCUCUACCCGCCUCCUCCAUCGCGGAGGGGAGGCCUGAAGGGAAUUUCUACUGCAGGUUGUUGCCAGUCAAAUAGCUUUCUAUUUGUUAAGUAUAAAUUUAAAUUUAAAAUCACUUUUUUUAAACUAUGGGGGGAGGGGACCUAUGAGAAAAGCGGUAUCUAAUUUUUUAAUGGACCAUAAAGGUAAAAAAAAAAAUCCACUUUAAUAGGAGCAGAUGCUGUGGAGGUUUUUAUGUGAUAGAAAGACCUUUUUAAAUUAUGUUACAGAUGUAUAUAUGUAUUUAAGGGUCAUCGGGGGCAUUUCUGAUUCCCAGACAUACUUUGCAUUUCAACACUUAGCAAGGAAACACACUUAUUCAAGUGUUGGGCCUUUUUGCUCCAGACUUGGUAAAAAAAAAAGUGGAUCCAAUAGGAAACUUGGUUUUGCAGGAAAUGAGUGUAGUUCACGCCCAUUCUUUCUGAGGAUGUCUGGGUCCUGCUCUCCCCUCUUAUUUUUAUUCUCUUCCGUACCUUCGCCCCAUAUUGCAGGAAAUGGUUAGACACGGCAGCUGUCGGCAGAGUUAAAUCCAACAGGAGCAGUUAGGUGUCCUUGAGAGGAGAGGGCAGCUGGGCGUUGGCAUUCUUUAUAGCCCCUGCCUGUGUGUGGCUAGUCAUUCAGAAGAGCAGUGCCAUUGGAGUCAGGUGGCCCUGCAUCUCCAAGAGACCACUGUCGUGUUUCUCCCUCGGGGCAGGGGAGCACUUCCUGCAGAGCUGACGCUAUCUCUCUGGGCAUGAAGGAAUCUUUACCGCAAGGGACACCCCAUGCUGAUGUGCAAAGGGGCCUGCUGCCAUUUGCCAAACUUUCCACUUCCUUCCAUCCAAAAAGAAAAUUUUUUUUUUUUUGAGGAAGAUUAGUCCUGAGCUAACAUCCAUACCCCUCUUCCUCUGCUGUAUAUGUGGGAUGCCUACCACAGCAUGGCUUGCCAAGCAGUGCCAUGUCCGUACCUGGGAUCCGAACCGGUGAACCCCGGGCCGCUGAAGCGGAACGUGCGCACUUAACCACUGCGCCACCGGGCUGGCCCCUAUUCCAUCCAAAAUUUAACCCCCCUCCCUUCCUGGGAUACCCAUGUCUCCUUGGAAAUAAAUAGUAUAGGGAAACCUUCUUUUUUUCUUUCUUUCUUCAAUAUAGAGAUUAUCUGAGCAGGAUGAAUGUUUUCUGAAAAUGAAAAUGUUUCCCACAUAACUUGCUGGACUUGACAGAGUUGUAUUAAUAAUCUUUACAGUUGUGGGUCAGCUUGCGGUGUUAAAUACUGUGUUGCCUUGUAGUUGUGGCAUCCCGGAAGGGAGUGAGGGGCAGAGUGGAAGAAAGAUCUGGCAAGUCAACAGUUGAUCCCCAGGGAUGUGCCGGGACACGCGCUGUGCUUGUACCGAGUGAUGUUGGACCAUGUGGGAUUCCUGAAUCUUCUCUAAAUCUGCUUUCUUGAAACAUGUUAAUUACUUAGUCUAAUCAAUGUCUAAUCCCUGAUGGGGCUAAAACAUUCUUAAUGUAUCUAUUGAUUCAGAGACUGGAGACCAACUGGCUAGAAAAAAAACAACAAAAACACUACAUAUUUUAUGCUGCAAGAACCAAGACACACAACUCCCCAUCACGACACGAAGUAACCUUAAAUUCUGCUUCUCAACCCUCCGUCUUCAUUCUUCCCAGAGAUCAUCUCCUACCUUUUCCCCAAAGAAGAAACAAAACCAGUUGCACCUUAAAACCAUGGAUAUUUUUCCUCAGGGGCUUUACAUAGUUUCCUAUGCAACGUGUCUUGUAGCACAAGUGAAAUUCUACAAAAGUUGCAGUAAAUUUUAUUUGGAUAUUUUAAACUA